UAUUAGAUCUUAGAGAAAUGGCUUUCAUUCAUUUGGAUAUCAGAUGUCUAUAUGCCAUUCUUAUUUGCACUGCUUUUGGCUCUACUUUGUCUUCAGAUGCUGAAAUAAAAGUUAAACCCCCUCAGGAUUUUGAGAUAGUGGAUCCUGGAUAUUUAGGUUUUCUCUAUUUACAAUGGCAACCUUCACUGUCUCUGGAUAAUUUUAAGGAAUGCACAAUAGAAUAUGAAUUAAAAUACAGAAAUAUUGAUAGUGAAAACUGGAAGACUAUCAUUACUAAGAAUCUGCAUUAUAAAGACGGGUUUGAUCUUAACAAAGGCGUUGAAGCAAAGAUACACACGCUUCUGCAAGGGCAAUGCACAAACGGAUCUGCAGUUCAAAGUUCAUGGUCAGAAGCUACUUAUUCGACAUCACCACAAGGAAAUCUGGAAACUAAAAUUCGGGAUAUGGAUUGUAUAUAUUACAACUGGGAAUAUUUAGUCUGCUCUUGGAAACUUGGGAUGGGUGUCCACUUUGAUACCAAUUACAACUUGUUUUACUGGUAUGAAGGCUUGGACCAUGCAUUACAAUGUGUUGAUUACAUCAAGAGUAAUGGAAAAAAUAUUGGAUGCAGGUUUCCCUAUUUGGAGUCACCAGACUAUAAAGAUUUCUACAUCUGUGUUAAUGGAUCAUCAAAAUCCCAGCUUAUCAGACCCAGCUAUUUCAUUUUUCAGCUUCAAGAUAUAGUUAAACCUUCACCACCAGACUAUCUUAGUAUUAUUGUGAAGAAUUCAGAAGAAAUUAACCUGAAAUGGAGCAUUCCUAUAGGACCUACUCCAGCAAAGUGUUUCAUUUAUGAAAUUGAGUUCACAGAAGAUGAUACUACUUUGGUGACUCCCACAUUUGAAAAUGAAAUAUAUAUCACAAGAACAUCAAAUAAAAGCCAACAAUUAUGCUUUUUAGUGAGAAGCAGAGUGAAUAUUUAUUGCUCAGAUGGUGGAAUUUGGAGUGAAUGGAGUGAUAAACAAUGCUGGCAAGGUGACAUAUGGAGGGAAACCUUGUUAUUUUUCUUGAUACCAUUUGCUUUUGUCUCAUUAUUUGUUUUGUUAAUAACUUGUAUGCUUUUGUAUAAGCAAAAAGCUUUACUGAAAAUGGUUUUUCAUACAAAAAAAGAACUCUUUUCUCAUCAAGAGACACUUUUUUGA